AUGGCCCAUGCGUGCCCACUACAGGCCAUCGCCAUUGUGUACAGGGGGUAAUGGUAUAUGAUGGCGGACAAUUGUCCAUCGUGGCGCGCAAUCGGGGAGUUGUCGGUUUUUUGGGCACACUUCAAAGGAAUCGUGGCGUAGCGUGGCCUGUGGUGUUUACACAAUCGGCCAUUGUUUAGUUCGUCACCGGCCGCUGACCGGGAUAGUACACUUUUGUGUUGCGUGCUAUUGGCGUGGCGUGCGAUCGUCCAAAAUGUCAACAGCGUGGAGCAAUGAAGAAACUUUCAAGUUUAUUGAUUUAUAUCAAUCUGAGCCCGCAAUUUGGGACUCAAAUAAUGCACUGCACAAGGAGAAAAACAAGGUGAAUGAUGCAUGGAAUCGCAUUGCAGACUCCCUGCAAAUUCCUGUUUCGGAACUUAAAAAAAAGAAAGAGACAUUGAUGUCCGCAUUUCGGAUGCAUUUCAAGAAAAAACAAGAUUCGAUCCGAUCUGGUAUGGGAGAAGAUGAAAUUUACAAGCCAAUUUGGAUUUUUUAUGAUGCCAUGGAGGCAUUUUUAAAAGGCAAAUACACUGCUAAAAGUGUAAUUUCAACAGAUGAGCAAAGGGCAGUCAUUGGAGAACAGACAGAAGAAGAAACGGAAAAUCCAAGUGAUGCUAGAAACAACACAGAACCAAAGGACAUGAAUAUAAAGAUACCUGUACAGAGGAGACGUUCAGUUAAGCCACCUGAGUUAGAAAAAGCAGAUAAGGAAAUGUCAAAGGCUUUUAAUACGUUAAACCAGGCUAUUCUCAAUAAAGACCAACAAAAUAAAAAGAGGACGACUGCGACUUGUAUGGGAGGCUUCUUGCUAGCAAACUCAGAAAAUAUUCAGACAAUGAGAGACAAGAAAUAA